UUUCGUUUUAUGUCUCUGACCGUCUCCACAUCGCCGCUGGAUGAUGUAUGGAUCCAUUUAGCGGGUAGUCGGAUUUGCCACCCAUCAGCAACGGAGAGUGGGCAAUAGAUAUAAGGACCUAUAUCUCAGUAGUUUAUUAUUAUUUUUAUUUGCACUGGAAAACGUUAACAUCUGGUCACUGGGCUCCUUUGCUUUUAAAGAGAGAGAGAGGAAGAAAAAAAAAAGACAUGAACAUGGACAACUUUGUCAUCUGCGGAGGAGAAAGUGAGCUACACGCUUAAAGUGGGGGGAAGAUCACAGUUUGUGUUGUGAGAGCCAGAGCUGCGAUCCCCUCGGAUUGAAGAUUAUGUUGGGUUGACGACGUCUGAAGGACACCGGGAGCGGGAUUAGGUCGAGUGCAGCCAAACAUAUUUCUCAUUAUUACUGCGUGUUGUCCUCUGAAAAUUUGCGCAAUGACCUUUGAUGACUUGGACUAUAGCGGCUGCGCCCGUAAGGGUAAGCUGUUGGAGGUUGGCAAGAUUUCAUCUGGCUGGACAAAGUCAUGCUGAUGUUGUCUCCUGGAGCAUGUGCACAGUGCUGCUAACAGUGGGCAGGCAAUAAGGCUUGACAGAAGAUGCGACGGGGGCGGUGGCUUGUCAGAUGGCUGGGGACCGGAAUGGCAAUCCUCGCUUUGCUUACCCACAGCUGGGGCCUGGACACAGAAGACUGGCAGUAUGAGGAGUGUAAGCUGUCUCGGCCGGGCCCUCCUGCAACCAUAGUGACCAUAGACGAGGAGAGUCCCAAUGGUACGGUUUUGGUGGAAAACAUGGAAAUUAAUGGCAGGGCCCAGGACCCAGGCAGAACCAUCUCUCUGAUUCUACUUGACAACUAUGAUUACUGGGUUAUACUGGAACCAGCGCGGCAGAGACUUUACCUCAACAGCACCGGACGCAUCCUGGACAGAGAUCCACCUAAUUACAUCACAACGAUUGUGGUUCAGGUCCAAUGCACCAAUCAGCUGGUUGGUACGGUUAUUUUACACGAAGUUCGAAUUGUUGUGAGGGACAAGAAUGACAACAGCCCCCAGUUUCAGCAGCCGCGCUACUACGUUUCUAUAAACGAGCUCACGCCAGUUGGAACUACCAUUUUCACCGGCUUUUCAGGAAAUAAUGGUGCGACAGACAUUGAUGACGGGCCCAAUGGACAUAUAGAAUACAGCAUCCUUUACAAUCCCAGUGAUCCGGUAUCUAACAACACAGUAAGGGUUGGGAACACACUUUCAGGAAUUAUUCUCCUGGCUGAGAGGCUAAACUACGAGGACAAAACUCGCUACCUGGUAUUGGUCCAAGCCAGUGACCGAGCUCCAUACCCACCAAACAGACUCUCCGCUACCACAACUCUGACUGUGGAUAUCUUGGAUGGAGAUGACCUGGGUCCCAUGUUUCUGCCUUGUAUUUUGGUGAACAACACCCGCGACUGCAACCCACUCACCUACCGUGCUGCUAUCCCUGAAUUUACUGAACCGAUUAAACUGAACCCACUGAAUGUGACGCCACCUAUCCGUGCUGUGGACAUGGACAGAAACAUCCAGCCCCCGUCUGACAGACCUGGCAUUCUUUACUACAUCUUGGUUGGUCAACCGAAUACAUAUUCAGAGUAUUUCUCCCUGAACCGGACCACUGCAGCGUUGCGCGUUCUGAAACCAGUCAGCAGAGACCUGUAUCAGAGGUUCACUCUUAUCAUAAAGGCAGAACAGGACAAUGGACAUCCCCUACCAGCUUACGCUGACCUCAUAAUUGAAAUCCUGGACGAGAACAACCAGGCGCCGUAUUUCCAGUUUGCCACCUAUCAGGGAUAUGUGAGUGAGGCCUCCCCAGUGGGCACCACCAUCUCCGCCAGUGCCAACCUCACGGCUCCGCUGGGAAUCAUCGCUUUGGAUAAUGACAUUGAAGAGACCAAAGACCCCAUGGUGAAGAUUACCCUGGAUGACUACACCACAAUUUUCAGCCUGACCCCAACUGGUAUAAUCCGCUACCUGACGAUUCUGAAACCUGUGGACCGGGAGAAGCAGAUGACCUAUACUUUCACGAUGGUGGCAUCAGAUGGUGUCCAACAGAGUAGUCCAGUAACUGUCAACAUCCUGGUUAUUGACGCCAAUGACAAUACGCCCACGUUUGCUCAGGUCUCCUACAGCGUUGAAGUCUUUACAGACAUGCAGCCAGGGGAGACUGUGCUACAGUUAACUGCAUCAGAUGCUGAUGAGGGGCUGAAUGGCCUGGUAACGUACGAGAUCCUGGCUGGAGCCCAGGGAGAUUUUGUUAUUAAUAAUCGCUCCGGACGCAUCACUGUGGCGCCUGAUGUCGUCUUAUCUGUGGGACGAUCUUAUGCACUGACGGUCAAAGCCUCUGAUAAUGCACCUGCUACUCAGAGAAGGAGCUCGAUCACUACAGUCUAUAUCGAGGUUUUACCACCCAACAACCAGAGUCCUCCCCGCUUCCCACUCCUCACCUACAACCUAGAGAUCAGCGAGGCCAUGAGGAUUGGAGCCAUUCUCCUCAAUCUGCAAGCAACAGACAGAGAAAACGAUCCAAUCACGUAUCAAAUUGUGAGCGGAGAUUCCCAGAAUGUCUUCAACCUCUCUCGAACGAUUGGCCUUUUACUUCUGGGCAAACCUCUGGACAGAGAGAUCACAGACCAGUACCGUCUGAUUGUCACUGCUUCAGACGGUAACCCUGGAGGGACAUCCACUGCUACCGUGAGCAUAGUGGUGACUGAUGUCAAUGACAACGACCCAAAAUUUAACAUCACCCUCGGCACCAAUUUUACUGUUCAAGAAGAACAAGCCAAUCUAUUUGUUGGACAAGUCAGGGCCACUGACCCUGAUGCAGGAGCCAAUGGUCAGGUUUACUACCGGAUUGUCAAUUAUCCUGACUUGUUUGUAAUCAGUGCCAACGGAAGCAUCUACACAAAACGACCUCUAGACAGAGAGUUAAGAGAUCAGUAUAGCCUCAUAGUUGAGGCCUCAGAUGGGGCGGUAGACCCUAGAAGAACCGCCUUGACACUCUUAGUCCAGAUUCUGGAUAUAGAUGACAACAGCCCGGUCUUCUCACAGCAAGACUAUGUAGUGAAUGUACCCGAGAACAGCCCAGUGGGGACUGUGGUUCUGAAACUAAGUGCUGUGGACGCAGACCUCUUCUCCAACAUCACGUACCGCAUCAAGACUGAGUCAGCCAUGCAGCUGUUCUCUCUUAACCCCAUCACUGGGGAGCUAGCUGUGCUGCAGACCCUGGACUUCGAGGGUCUGGCAGCUAUGGGCAUGGGGACUUCUUAUACUUUCCAGGUAGAAGCUGUCGACCAAGGAGCCCGAAUGCCGCCGGGACAAGCUACCGUCACAGUUCGCAUCACAGACAUGAAUGACUUCUCACCUGUCUUCAGACAAGAUCGGUACAAGGGCUUGGUGGCCCCCAACGCAGAGAAGGGAACAGUCAUCACCACCGUUUUUGCUGAGGACCAAGAUCCACCAGGCACUCCGGCCAGCUUUGUGCGCUACAGAGUGGACCAGGAAAGGUCUCCUUACAGUGGGAGCAUCUUUGAUGUAGAGCAGGAAACUGGCAGAAUCAUCACCAAGGUCAACCUCAAUGAAGAGCCUAGCGUUACCUUUAAACUGUUUGUGAUUGCCUUUGAUAACGGGGAGCCGGUGAAGUCAAACAGUACUUUGGUGGAGAUCACUGUCCUUCAGCCCUCUCUCAUCCCGAUCUUCACUGAGGAAGAGUAUACGUUUCUGCCAGUGAAAGAGCUGUCUCCAGUUGGCACUGCAGUGGGAACUAUUUUAGCUGCUGCUAUGAAUCAAACCAUCUUCUACUCCAUUGUUGGAGGAAAUGAACUAGGUCACUUUAAAGUGGACAGCAGCACAGGUGUCAUCUCCAUUGCCCGACCUCUGGAUUAUGAGAAUAUAACCAGCUACGUUCUCAGGGUGCAAGCAGAUUCUUUGGGAGUUGUCAUGUCCAACCUGCGUGUGCCUUCUAAAACCAACACUGCCAAGGUGUUUAUUUAUGUAGAGGAUGAAAAUGACCACCCGCCCGUCUUCUCCAGAACGCUCUACAUAGGUGGCGUGACUGAAGACACCAAGAUUUUCAGCUCUGUUCUCAAAAUAGUGGCCACUGAUAAGGACACGGGAAACUUCAGCGCCAUGGCAUAUCGCCUAAUUAUACCUCCCACAGCAGAGGGUCAGAACAGCUUUGUCAUCGAGGCCUACACUGGAAUCAUUAAGUCAGCCAUCAUGUUUCGAAAUAUGCGAAGGUCCUACUUCAAGUUUGAAGUCAUUGCCACUGAUAACUAUGGGAAAGGUUUCAGCAGCAGUGCUGAAGUGGUGGUUUCAGUAGUCAACGCAUUAGACAUGCAGGUCGUUGUCUCCUCUGUCCCUCCCUACUUAGUAGAAGAGAAGAAGGAGGAGAUCAUUAGCAUUCUGGAGCGUCAUGUGCAGGACCAGAUUCCCGGUGCCAAGAUAAUCGUUGAGUCGAUCGGGCCACGUCGCCACGGCGACGGUUAUGAGCUGGAGGACUACACCAAGUCAGAUCUAAUGGUGUAUGCCAUUGAUCCGCUGACAAACAGGGCCAUUUCACGGCAGGAGCUCUUCAAGUUUCUUGACGGCAAUGUCUUGGAGAUCAACAAAGAGGUCCAGCCACAUGUGGGCGAGGGUGGCCGCAUCCUGGAGAUCCGCUCACCAGAUAUUGUGGCCAGUGUAAAGAAGGCCGCUCAAGCUGUGGGCUACACAGAGGGAGCGCUUCUGGCCCUGGCCAUCAUCAUCAUCCUCUGCUGCAUCCCUGCCAUCCUCAUCGUCAUGGUCACCUACAAACAAUUCAAAGAGCGGCAAGCGGAGUGUGCCAAAACUGCCAGGAUCCAGAUGGCUUUGCCACCGGGAGGGAAAACGGCUCCAGCCGCUGCCCCUACUGCUAACCUCUACGAGGAGCUGGGCGACAGCAGCAUACUGCAGGCUAAAAAGUCUGCCACAGAGGAAACCAACCAUCAGAGGAUUUUUAGCACCCUCACCUGUCGCACCAUUGCAGCCCACAGCAACGGAGCACUCCUUGUCAACUUGCCCAAAUCAGAGAGCAACGUAACUUAUCUCUCUGAUGGAAAUCCACGCACUACCCACAACCCUGUGUAUGAUGACAGCAGCCCACUCAGCAGCCCUGUUCUUUUUGCAAGGGAGGAGAAUCCAAAUGAAAACUGGUUUGCCUUUUCUCCCUCCCAUUCAGCCGGGUCAGGGUGUGCCUGGUCAAUGCCUGCUCGCAUUCACGGAGGGCCGCACGGCUACGAAGCGUCAAGAAGGCAGGGUCUUAUGGACCAAAAUGAAUGGGAGCUGCAGCUUCUCCAAGCAGACAUUAGAGGCCAGCAGAAUCUCAAGAGGGUGAAUAGACCGUACCUGAGUGACAGCAUGGAGUCCAAGUUGUCAGUUCGUGAGCAGGCCAGGCAGUUUGAGCAGCAAGCUUUCCAAGAACGUAAGCAAAACAGAGACUCGAUUGGCUCCCUUUCUUCCAUCCUCAUCAGAGAUAUGGACAGCGAUGACGUGCUGGAGCUGACCUCAGAAACUCUGCUCUCCAUAAUGGAUAACCCUCACAGCCCCAUGAGUGUUGGCAGAGAUGUGCCCCCAAGCAUUAUCAUUACGCAGAAAAAUGAUUCAUGGUCCCCAUCAAACAAGAGACCAACACCGCCUGUUCUGAGAAAGUUCAGCUCGAGCAUCUCCAGCUACAUGACAGUGCAGCCCUGUCAGAUCACUGUCGAAAUCAUACCGGAUCCACCAGAAAAUCCACCGCCCCCGCCUCCUCGACAUUCGCGACCACCAUCCCCGCUCACGUCUCCUCCACCCUCAUCUCCUCCACCCUCUCCACCCUCAUCUCCUCCACCAUCUCUUUGCUCCAUUCCACCUUCCUUUCCCCGCUUUGAUAAACCUCAGAAUACCAAUCCCUUGUCGCCUUCUUCUUUUAGAAAGCCAGUCGCUCCCCCACCUCCCCCACCACUUCCUCCUCCCUCACCUACUAGAAACCAGCCACGACCAGUGAUCCAGUUUGUCCCGACCUCUCUACCACCUUUAUCCUCUCUUCGUCCAGUGUCGGAGCGAAAGCACCCUCCUCCUCUAACCUCAUCAGAAAACGAUACUGGGAGAAAGGAGCUGAAAGGAAUCCUGAAGAACAUCCAAAAUCUGGCUGACAUUGAGCGAUCUGUUGCCAACCUUUACAGCCAAGUAGACAAAAACUGCAAGGUGCCCAAGUUUAACAAGAAGCCACAAGCGACUGAGGAAUCAGACGGUGCUAACAAAUGGCAAAGCUCUGAUCCAGGUGACGAGCAGAGCUCGCCAAAGCAAAUCGACACCAGCUGUGAAAUUCAAAGUGAUUCAACAAGUUUGAACUGUGCUGAAAAUGGAACAAGUAAAUCAGAGGAGUUUCAGCCAACCAGUCAACUGAACACAAACAGCCCCGAUCCUGCAGAACUCAGUGAACUCAAUUCUUCUCAGUCCACAGUAUUCUAGUUUUUUUUUAUUAUUUUCAUAUCUUCUUUCACGUCUGCAUCUCUAUGCCUGUCAUUUUUAUAUUGUUUGUAUGGAUUAUUAUGUGGAGUAUCUGACUCAUGUUUAAUAUUUUAAACAAUUGAUGGUUUUUUUAGAAAAAAUAUUUUUUAAACUUAUUUUUUGUGUGCUUAACAAAUUUUAGCAACUUGCCAAGAACAUGUUAACAAACUUGCCGUACUACCUGUGUAAUAUGCUUGAAAGCUUGCAAGAAACAUUCUGAAGGAAAAUGAAAAUGUAAACAUUUUUUGAAACUUUUUGAUAUUAGUGUUAAAAAUAAACUGGCAUUAACAUAUUAUCUAGGCUGUUGUCUUAGAAAGGUGUUUGUAUUUUUUUCCCUUUAUCCAUCUUAGUAUUAAUAUUUCACAGCCACAUUUUGUUAUUUUAUAUUAUAUACGAGCUCUAGGCUAGGUCCUGGCAAGCCGCUCAAAGCUACCAGUUCUCAUGUAUGUUUCUUGACACUGGACUUUUAUGUUAGAAAUUUAAAUAAUGCCUCCUAUAGAAAUUUAUAACUAAUUUUGUGCUUUACACUAUUACUAUAUUUAAUCUGUUUUCUCUUGUAAAAUAGGUCAUAGAUUCAGUAAGGUUCCUCACAUAUUUUAUACUUAACCACAUUCAGAAAGAUGUGAUGGUGUCCCUGAAGACACUUGGAGUAUGUAAUUAUCUGCAGCUGCUUCAAAAAGACAUACAGGAAUGAAUGAUUUUAAACUGCAGAGAGGUGGGAAUCUGUGAAAUAAAUAGUGUCUCUUGGGCAACAACUCUGGAUAAUAUAUACAAACAAUGUGGAAAUAGGUCUACUUGUGUGGAUAAAAAUUUUCGUUUCACAUUCCCUUGGAGAUCUCAGCCUCUCAGCUUGAAAAAGUAGUAACUAUUAUGUUGGCUCAAUGGAAAAAAAGGCUAAUUGGAGACCUAAUCAAUUGUUUUUCAAGGCCAUUGCCUCUGGGACUAUCAACAAGUGCUUCCCUCCUUUUUUUUCCUCUCCUAUUCUUGUGACCCUCUGACUGUUUGUGUUUUUCUCCUUUACUUGCCCUCGACUCUCUUCGCAGUUAGCUCUCUAAUGCUCUUGAAUCCUUGGCUUCUACUAGGUAAUCUUUGCUUUUGGUUUCCAGCAGUGCCUACUAGAUUUUUAGAAUAUUUUUUAUGCAGUUGAGUUGUUCUAAAUUUCAUCCUUUUUGCACUCGGCCUCUUUACUUUCUCCGCUUUUUUAUUUUCUCCCACUUACUUUUUGUGUUUUUGCUUCAUCUGUGAUGCCCCCAGGCAAAUGGACUUAGCAUACCUCACAUCCAGAUCAAUGUAAUGUUUGAUUCAUCACAUGUUACCCCUGAUGGGCAGAUCAAAGCCUGGCUAAUUCUGUAUUCCGUGUUCACUACAUGGGGUAAUCUCUUUUUUAAAGAGGCUAUCAGCUCACAUGCUGUUUCUGUCAACCUGAAAGUGGAGCGACUCACAAUGGAUAGUAUGUUUUAGCAUUCUGUCAUCCUUUUUUAAUUCCUUUCGGUUGAUUAUUAUCAGUUGAUUAUUUUCAACUGAUCUAAAAAAGUAUAGUUUUUUAAAUCCAUAAAAAAAAUGUUUCAGAAUUAUGAAUUGCAAAGGAUCAAUUGAAGUUGUUUUAUGCGACAACAAAACCAAUAUUAGAAUGCUAUCAUAAGAAGUGUUCUGGAGAACAGUGACUAUAUGAUAAAACCUUUACAGCUACAUCUCGCUGAUUUAUCUCCACCAAAUUUGUUUGGUGCAUCAUUAGUUACCAUUGCACAAUGCAUUAGUGUGGUAGAUUGAUGUCACCACCUUAGCACCACCCCAUGGAGCAAAGUUACAUUUCUUUGGUAACUCCUCCAGCUUUUUAGCUUUGUAUGGUAUAAACUUGAAACUGUGUCCACUAACAAUUCAUAACCACACUUGACGUGUUCCAAAGCCUACAGGAAGUCGUCACCAAUCCUUCCCAAUGGAACAGGUAGUGACCAUAGCUCCUGUUUGGAAGGUAGGAUUUCAGCAACACUUAAGACUUGCUGCUGUAUCCGUACUGAAAGGUACUGCAAGCACUUUCAAAGGUUUGCUUUAUGUGCCACCUAGUGGACACCUGUGGGAAUGGCAUGAGCGCGUCGGCGAUGAGGUGGUGAUGACGGUGUUCCAGUUGUCUCUACACAGCUGUUCAAGUCUGCUUGCAAAAGUUAUGCACGUCAGGUUUCAUUCUUAGCAAAACGAAGAAAUCUAAUGAGCUCAAUCUAUUUCAGGAUAACAUUUCUUUGAAAGAACUGGAAGCUGUACUUUUUCAACCAAAGACUGUCCUUGUCCACAUGUUUUGUUCCCUGUGUUCCUCAGAUAUACAAGAGGCCAAUGAAUCCUUUCAGUUCAGCGUGUGACUUGAGCUGUCACCAUGAAGUUAAUAUUAGCGAUACUAUUGAUACGUUUUAUUUCUAUGUGCUUUCUUGACACUCAAGGCUACUUUACAUCAUUUAACACAGAAAAAAGUCACAAUAUUUUGAUGCAACUCGACCACAGUGCCCUCCCUGAUGUGCGUUAGCAUCAGGGAGGGCACAGGGAAGCUGCGAAUGCAACCAUUGAUUUUUCCCUUUGCCUAGGGUGUAGUAGGCCAAUUUUUAGGAAAAUUCAGAAACCACCAGGUGUUUUUUUUUUGUUUGUUUUUUGUUUUUUUCAAUUUGCCACUGGUGUCAUUUUGCAAAACAGUCAAAAUGACACCAUGCCCAUUCCAUUGUUUAAGAGGGCAUUUGGUCUUCUCUGAGGGAGCCAGUGGAGCAGCCAGUAAUUUUUUUAAAGGUGGCCACAACUGCCCCCAGGUUCCCUCUUGUGGGCAACAUUGGCAUGGUUUGAUGGUUUCAGUUUCAUAUGGCUUUAUUUUAUUUAAAAAAUUGUUUGUCACAUUCUCACAUUCUCCCCAUGUUUGUGUUUUUCUAAUCUUUGGUGGUCUGUUAUUUGAAACUUGUCCAUCUAAUAAACUCAUAUAGCCAGAGAUAAGUCAGCUGUGCUUGGAAGGUGUGGCAUAUAACCACAGGCAGCUCCACUGCCAUCUAAUUUAGCACUUUACUUAAUUUUGCUAAAUUAAUUUACUUUUAUAAAGAAACUAACUUAACAACACUUAUUAACUUUCUCAUUUGUGAGCUCUACAGUAGAAUAUAAUCUAAUCAUUUCAAAUUUAUUGUCUCAAUGUGGUUCUUAGGUCAAUAUUCUUAACUUCCUGUGCUUCUUUAUCAUCUUCCACCAAGUCUCUUUGUGUGCAGACCUCCUAAGGCUGUUCACUGGGUUAUUUUUCUUCAUGUAGCAUGAAGCAGCAACGGGUAGCAGCCAAGCGAACAGGUCAUCAAUCAGAUCCCAUUCCCAUCAUCAGCUGUGCCUGGGAGGUGUGGCAUAUGGCUGUGCCCUGUCCCUGCCCCAUGGUCCCUGCCCAUAACAACAGAUUACAGCUCUCCUGAGGAAUCUCACAUCAUUGCUUGGCCAUAUAUCCAAGAGCAUGAAAGUGAUCAUUACUUAUUUGCCCUGACAAGCUGGAGGUUUGAAUGGAGCGACUUGUUUACUCGCUACUUCUCUGUGACUUUUUAUUUAAUGCCACUGCAGAUGCCCGUUGUUCUCAAAAGCAGCAUUGAAAUGUUUAUUAUUUUAUGCCUGAUUGACUAUUGAAGAUCUACUCACUUCAAGUUAACAUGAAAAAUUAACAGGUGACACUCGUGAUAAA